GCCGGCGGAGGCACGUAUGUCAGACCGCGCGGACACCGGCACCGCACACCCAGUGUCCCGCGCCGUUUUUCCGCCUCCCGCCCACACUCUUGGACCCGCAAGACUGAGCCGGGCCACUGGCUGUCUGGUUCCUGAUAGGGAAGAGCGUCGGGGAACUCUGCAGCCGCCCCCGGGCGCCCACUUGCUCCAAGGGGCGUUUGCGGGUCCUUCUACCCGUUGGCCUGGGUCUUUCUACAGGAGCUCCGGGACCUGGGGACGCCCGGGACAGGGACCACAGGCAGGAGCAUCUUUGACCCAGAGAAUAUAUCAGAGCCUUCACUCCAACUUGCUUCAGGGUCAAGUCGAAUUCUUCUGUUGCUUUUCCUCACUGGAGAGAACUACCAUUCAUUGAGCUCCUGCUGUGUGCCACAUAUUUUUAUGUUUUAUUUAAUGCAACCAUCCUAGGAGCCCCUCAACUUUGGCCAGAAUGGAGCAGCCGAAGGGGGUUGAUUGGACGGUCAUCAUCCUGACAUGCCAGUACAAGGACAGCGUCGAGGUCUUCCAGAGAGAGCUGGAGAUACGGCAGAAGCGAGAGCAGAUCCCCACCAGGACGAUGCUAUUGGCCGUGGAAGACCCUGAGGUUCAUGUGGGCAGUGGAGGAGCCACCCUCAACGCCCUGCUGGUGGCUGCUGAGCACCUGAGUGCCCGUGCAGGCUUCACUGUGGUCACAUCGGAUGUUCUGCACUCGGCCUGGAUCCUCAUCCUGCACAUGGCUCUCUGCCUCAAGCUCUUCUGCCUGUCCCUGCUCCCGCCCCAGGGCCGAGACUUCCCCUUCGAUGACUGUGGCCGGGCCUUCACCUGCCUCCCUGUGGAGAACCCACAGGCCCCUGUGGAGGCCGUGGUCUGCAACUUGGACUGCUUGCUGGACAUCAUGAGCCAUCGGCUGGGCCCAGGCUCCCCGCCAGGCGUGUGGGUUUGCAGCACCGACAUGCUGCUGUCUGUUCCUCCAAACCCAGGGAUCAGCUGGGACGGCUUCCGGGGAGCCAGAGCGAUCGCCCUUCCGGGGAGCACGGCCUAUGCCCGGAACCAUGGUGUUUACCUCACUGACUCCCAGGGCUUCGUUUUGGACAUUUAUUACCAAGGCACCGAGGCAGAGAUACGACGAUGUGGCAGGCCUGACGGGCGGGUGCCACUGGUUUCUGGGCUUGUCUUCUUCUCUGUGGAAACUGCUGAGCACCUCCUGGCCACCCAUGUGAGCCCGCCUCUGGACGCCUGCACCUACAUGGGCUUGGACUCCGGAGCCCGGCCUGUCCAGCUGUCUCUAUUUUUUGACAUCCUGCUCUGCAUGGCCCGGAACGUGAGAAGGGAGGACUUCCUGGUGGGGCGGCCCCCAGAGAUGGGGCAAGGUGAUGUGGACAUCGCGGGUUAUCUGUAUGGAGCCCGGGCUGAGCUGUGGAGGGAGCUUCGCGAUCAGCCCCUCACAGUGGCAUAUGUCCCUGACGGCAGCUACAACUACAUGACCAACUCAGCCAGUGAGUUCCUGCACAGUCUCACAUUCCCGGGGGCUCCUGGGGCCCAGGUCGUGCACUCCCAGGUGGAGGAGCGGCAACUACUGGGGGCCGGGAGCUCUGUGGUCAGCUGCCUGCUGGAGGGCCCCGUCCAGCUGGGUCCUGGGAGUGUCCUGCAGCACUGCCACCUGCGGGGCCCCAUUCACAUCGGCACCGGCUGCUUCGUGAGUGGCCUGGACGUGGCCCAGUCCGAGGCACUGCACGGCUUGGAGCUGCACGACCUCGUCCUGCAGGGACACCAUGUGCAGCUGCACGGCGCCCGCAGCCGGGCCUUCACCCUCGUUGGCCGUCUGGACAGCUGGGAAAUCCUGGCCUUAUUGCCCUUAACCCCUUCCUGUGGCCCCUGCAGCCCUGACUGCUUCCUUCUCUUCCCCCAGAGAGAGGGGACAGGAACGUAUCUCAACAUGUCUUGGAGUCAGUUCUUCCAGAAGACAGGCAUUCGGGACUGGGACCUGUGGGACCCAGACAUGCCCCCCAUUGAGCGCUGCCUUCUCAGUGCCCGUCUCUUUCCCGUGCUCCACCCCUCGAGGGCCCUGGGGCCCCAGGACAUGCUGUGGAUGCUGGACCCCCAGGAGGAUGGGGGCAAGGCCCUGCGGGCUUGGCGAGCCUCCUGGCGUCUGUCCUGGGAGCAGCUGCAGCCGCGCCUGGACCGGGCUGCCACACUGGCCUCCCGCCGGCACCUGUUCUUCCGCCAGGCCCUGCAUAAGGCGCGGCACGUGCUGGAGGCCCGGCAGGACCUCAGCCUGCGCCCGCUGAUCCGGGCUGCUGUGUACGAGGGCUGUCCUGGGCCCCUGAUGGCCACCCUGGACCAGGUGGCAGCUGGUGGGGGAGACCCUGGCGUGGCAGCACGGGCACUGGCCUGUGUGGCGGAUGUCCUGGGCUGCAUGGCAGAGGGCCAAGGAGGUUUACGGAGUGGGCCAGCUGCCAACCCUGAGUGGGUGCGGCCCUUCUCGUACCUGGAGUGUGGAGACCUGGCGCGGGGCGUGGAGGCGCUCGCCGAGGAGCGGGACAAGUGGCUGAGCAGACCAGCCUUACUAGUACGAGCUGCCCGCCACUACGAGGGGGCUGGGCAGAUCCUGAUCCGCCAGGCUGUGAUGUCAGCCCAGCACUUUGUCUCCUCGGUGCCGGUAGAGCUGCCAGCACCCGGGCAGUGGGUGGUGGCUGAGUGCCCGGCUCGAGUGGACUUCUCUGGGGGCUGGAGUGACACGCCACCCCUUGCCUAUGAGCUUGGUGGGGCAGUGCUGGGCCUGGCUGUGCGAUUGAAUGGCCGCCGGCCCAUUGGGGCCAGGGCUCGCCGCAUCCCAGAGCCCGAGCUGUGGCUGGCAGUGGGACCUCGGCAGGACAAGAUGGCCACGAAGAUAGUAUGCGGGAGCCUGGAUGACCUGCAGGAUUACUGCCAGCCCCACGCCCCAGGGGCGCUGUUGAAGGCGGCCUUCAUCUGUGCGGGGAUCGUGAGCGUCCACUCCAAGCUCUCGCUGAGUGAGCAGCUGCUGUGUGCCUUUGGGGGCGGCUUUGAGCUGCAUACCUGGUCUGAGCUGCCCCAUGGCUCUGGCCUUGGCACCAGCAGCAUCCUGGCGGGGGCUGCCCUGGCCGCCUUGCAGCGGGCCGCAGGCCGGGCGGUGGGCACGGAGGCCCUGAUCCACGCGGUGCUGCAUCUGGAGCAGCUGCUUACCACAGGAGGUGGCUGGCAGGACCAAGUGGGUGGCCUAAUGCCUGGCAUCAAGGUGGGGCGCUCCCGGGCUCAGCUGCCACUGAAGGUGGAAGUGGAAGAGAUCACUGUGCCUGCGGGCUUUGUCCAGAAGCUCAAUGACCACCUGCUCCUGGUGUACACUGGCAAGACCCGCCUGGCCCGGAAUCUGCUGCAGGACGUGCUGAGGAGCUGGUAUGCCCGGCUGCCUGCUGUUGUGCAGAAUGCCCACAACCUGGUGCGGCACACCGAGGAGUGCGCUGAAGCCUUCCGCCAAGGGAGCCUGCCUCUGCUGGGCCAGUGCCUGACAUCAUACUGGGAGCAGAAGAAGCUCAUGGCCCCAGGCUGUGAGCCCUUGGCUGUGCGGCGUAUGAUGGCUGUCCUGGCCCCCCACGUGCAUGGCCAGAGCCUGGCAGGGGCAGGUGGCGGGGGCUUUCUCUAUCUAUUGACCAAGGAGCCGCGGCAAAAGGAAGCUCUGGAGGCUGUGCUGGCCAAGACUGAGGGCCUCGGUAACUACAGCAUUCACCUGGUAGAAGUGGACACUCAGGGCCUGAGCCUGCAGCUGCUGGGGACUGAGACCUCAGCCUGAGGCCCCUUCUCAUGAGGCUUGUCCCUCUGCAAGAGGAGAAAGCCUGGAGCUAUAGCAGGCCCUCCCUUCCUUACCCCUUGGGAGCACUCAGUCUUCUACUCUCCACCCACUUCGUGAAUCUGCUUCCAAAGGAAGCCAACCUGAGCUCAGGCCCAGCCCUUUCUAAAAGUUGGUGAAGCACAGACGGUGCUUGGGAACAGGACUGUGACCUCCUGGUUGACAGUGGCCUAGGCUUGGUGUCUGGACACAGGAAGGUCCUAAGUUCAGUGUCCCCUGUGACCUUUACAAAUCUGAUGGCCCAGCUUGGGCCUUGGCCUUCUCACUCUCCAUGAGGGCCUGGAAGAAGGGGAUGACAACUAGACUUGGCAGAUGGCUGGGGUCCCUUGGUAAGGCCGACCCUGAAGAGGCCCUUUGAGGCAUUUCCUGUGGCCUUCCUUAGAGGUCAGGCUUUUGCCUGAGUAGAGACUUCCUGUUCCACACUCACUCCCAAGCUGACUUAAUGGGGGAGUGGGAACAGGGGUGAGGGUCCACACUCGUGUCUGUGGCAGAGAGCCAGUGCAGUCCUGCAGCAAGUCACUGCUAAUCGUGGCCUUAACCAGCAACUCUGCCAUGUGCCUGUGGGCCGUGAGUUCUCAGGACUGCCGUCUUCUUGGAAUAAACUCACUCUGCUCUUCAA